ACCACUUGCUACCUCAUUCGAAGGCAGACAUGGCAGUGUGCGCUAUUGGGUGAAAGCCGAAUUGCAUAGGCCUUGGCUUCUACCAGUAAAAUUUAAGAAGGAAUUUACAGUCUUUGAACAUAUAGAUAUCAACACUCCUUCAUUACUGUCACCACAAGCAGGCACAAAAGAGAAGACUCUAUGUUGUUGGCUUUGUACCUCAGGCCCAAUAUCUCUAAGUGCCAAAAUUGAAAGAAAGGGCUACACCCCAGGUGAAUCAAUUCAGAUCUUUGCAGAGAUUGAGAAUUGCUCUUCCCGUAUUGUGGUGCCAAAGGCAACCAUUUACCAAACACAGGCAUUCUAUGCCAAAGGGAAAAUGAAGGAAGUCAAACAGCUUGUUGCCAACCUUCGUGGGGAAUCCUUGUCAUCUGGCAAAAUAGAAACCUGGAAUGGCAAACAGUUGAAAAUUCCACCCGUUUCCCCUUCAAUCCUUGACUGUAGUAUAAUCCGUGUGGAAUAUUCACUGAUGGUAUAUGUUGAUAUUCCGGGAGCAUUGGAUUUAUUCCUUAAUUUACCACUGGUCAUUGGUACCAUUCCUCUCCAUCCAUUUGGUAGCAGAACAUCAAGUGUGAGCAGCCAGGGUAGCAUGAACAUGAAUUGGCUUGGUCUGACAUUGCCUGAAAGACCAGAAGGUAACUUGACAAUACAAAUCCCAAUCAAUUUGCUA